AUGACGAUUGACUCCAAAACUGGAGAAACUUUCACAUAUAGAAAAUUAGCCGAGGAAAGCAUUCGUUGUGCAAUUUGGUUAAAAAAACAAGGCAUCAAAUCCGGCGAUGUUGUUGUAAUUUGCACUGAAAAUAAUAUUGCAUCAUGGGCCCCUUUUUGCGCAGUUUUUUACCUUGGUGCAAAUUUAAAUCCUUGGUACUGUGACUGGCCAGCUGACACAGCCAGGUAUUUCAUCAAUCUUACCAAACCCAAAAUUAUGUUUGCCAAUGAAAAAGCAGGUAGAAUGCUUAAAGAAAUAAUUAAAGAGGAAAAGAUUGAUACGAGGAUUGUAGUUUUUGGGAAAGUAGAUGGAAUCGACUGCUUCGCGGAUGUUAUAAAAGAACAGAGUGCAGAAGAUGUUAAAAAAUUCGUAUGCAGUUCUGUAAAUCCUGAUAAUGAUUGUUUAGUAUUAUUUUCCUCAGGCAGUACCGGUUUGCCUAAGGGUGUACAAUUUACCCACGAAGGAGCGUUCUAUAUUUUCCAUAUAUUUAAUGCUCAAUUUACAAAAACAGAAGGAAUGGCUUCAAUGAAUCCUUCAGCCAUGUAUUGGAUAAGUGCAAUAUUACAUAUGAUGCGAUGCUUAUUAACCACUUCACCUGCGAUUAUUAUAAGCGACCCGACACCCGAAGAAAUCUGUAGAGCCAUUGCAAAAUAUAAAAUCAACUGGAUGUUUUUGGGUACAGGAUUGAUGAACGAUCUUUCUGAAUCCCAGAUUCUAGCUAAAUAUGAUUUAUCUUCAGUGAAAACUCUAGUUUUCGGAGGUUCAAAACCAAGAAUGGAAAUUGUGUGGAAUAUGAAUAAUGCUUUGGUAAAUGCCGCAAUGAAUCAAAUAUACGGAUGUACGGAAUUAGGAGCCACCAUUAUUCAGUUGGAUGAUGACAAAGAAAACAUCAAUUACGAUUCAUGUGGUGUAGUUCUAUCUGAUGUGGAAAUGAAGGUUUUGGAUAUUAAAACUGGAGAAAUAUUAGGGCCAAACCAAGAAGGUGAGCUGCACUUCAAAUCCAAAGGAAUGAUGAAAUGUUACUUCAAAAAUCCAAAAGCAACUGAAGAGGGUAUAGAUUCUGAUGGGUGGUUUCACACUGGAGAUUUAGGAUAUUAUGAUAGAAAGGGCAAUGUUUAUUACGCGAAUAGAAUCAAGGAAUUAAUCAAAUUCAGAGGCCACCAAAUUUCACCUUUAGAAAUUGAAAAUGUUAUUUUAAAACAUCCUGGCAUACUAGACGCGGCUGUAGUAGCAGUUCCACAUCAUUUGGAUGAUGAACAUCCGAUUGCUUUUGUCACUAAAGCCAAAAAAUCCGAGGUAUCAAAAGAGGAACUUUUAGAAUUUACUUCAGUUCUUGGCGAUACUAAAAAACUUCGAGGUGGAAUAAUAUUUCUGGAAAAAUUACCAAAAACACCAAACGGCAAGAUCGACAAAAAAACACUUAAAGAAAUGGCAAAGAUUUAUGCGCAAUCAACAUAAAAUUUUAUGACAGAGGGCUUGUAAAAAGUUUAUUUUAAACCCUCUUGUAUGAACCUUAAUUAUUACGCCGAAAUAGACACCAAAUUUGCAUCAAUGUUUUACAUCAUAAGGUUAUACAGUUAAGACUAAAGAAAUGCAUUUUUUACUUAUAUGACGCAUAAAAACCUGGUUCUAAAACCUAACUUGACACUACGACAUAUAACGCACUUUACUUAAUUAAAUUUCCUAUAAAGUAUGAUUGAAAAUUGAAAUAUGAGUUUGAAGCUUAUAUUUUUUUAAGGUAUAGUUGUCAUUAUCAGAGAACAUAUGUUAUUAGACAAAUCCUAGUUUUUUAAAUAAUAUGAACACUGUAAGGUAAAAAGUACACCCAGAAAAAAGAUCCGCAAUAUAUACAACACAAUUGGUAUAAAUAUGGACAAUAUGAUUUUGUACUAGGUUUUACAGGAAUUUAGGUUUAAUAUUUUAUUAGGUUCAUCAGGUUUAUAAUUUGGUUGCAAAUUUUUAUAUUUUGUUGAAAUCUAAAAAAUUGUAAGUCACGAACAUUUGUGUU